AUGCCAAAUAAAUUUUGCAAUUACCUUUUACCAAUCGAUUACACCGUACCCGAGCUGCUAUCCAUUUUGAACGAAGCAAAGAAAUUGUUUCUGUCAGAACCAACACUACUGGAUGUUGAUGUGCCAUGUGUCGUGAUCGGUGAUAUCCAUGGGCAAUAUGAAGAUUUGCAUCGAAUGUUUUCUGUUCUUGGAUCAGGUCGGAAAAGUGGAGCCGUGAAAAGACGUUUUGUAUUUCUUGGCGAUUAUGUUGAUCGUGGUAUGAACUCAUUGGAGACAAUUUGUUGCCUUCUAGCGCAUAAAUUGAUGUUCCCAAAGAUGUUCAACAUGCUACGUGGGAAUCAUGAGUCAUCGGACAUUAAUCAAACAUAUGGUUUCCAACUGGAGCUUGAGCGGAGAUUUACAACAAAUAAUGAGGGGUUUGCACUUUGGAAUGCAUUCAAUGAACUAUUCGCUUGCUUACCACUUGCAGCUAUAAUUCACAAUAAAAUACUUUGCAUUCAUGGCGGUAUCGGACCGGAACUGAAAUGUUUGAACGAUAUUAGAAAGAUCAAACGUCCAAUUUUCGACCCGAUAGAAUUACCGCUGGCAUGUAGUCUCUUAUGGUCUGAUCCUAUGCUUGAUUUGAAAGGUUUCAUUAAAAAUUCAAUUCGUGGAGCUGGCUAUUUCUUUGGUGAAGACACUGUGAUUGCUUGCUGCGAACAAUUAAAUAUCGACCUCAUUGUUCGCGCACAUCAGAUGAUAAUGAAUGGUUACGGUUUCUUUUGUAAACGGCGAUUAGUUUCAGUCUUUUCGGCACCUCGUUAUCUCUUAUCAAAGAAUAAUAAAUGUGCCAUACUGCAAGUGGAGAAAGAUUUAAGAGUUGGCUUCAUAUUGCUUUGCCCGGUGACGCCUGAAACACAAGGCAAGUUGUCUUUCUGCAGCUUAGAAUUACAGAGACAAGAUCAUUUCCGAAAUUUCUUCACGAAAAACAAUGAUAGUUCAUCGUUCGCUUCACGGAAAUCUGCAGCAGAAGGCUUUAUAUGCGAAUCUAUUGAUAGUUUCCGUGGUGGCGUGAAAGCUAAUAUGUGA